UUCUCUUCGUCGUCCCUGUCCGCUCCUCGCUCUCCUGCUCCGCCUCUCUCACUCGUCACUUCACCGUCUCAAGAGAUUGUGGCUCAAUAGAAUCUCGUUUCGCAAACCGUACGUUCGACUGUUUGCCGACAGGCUCUGGGCAUGCGCGUGCUGGCGCAGUCGCUCGGGCUCCUCGCGGCCUGCUCGCGCGGCGCGGCUGGGCUGCAGGACGCUUCUGCGUUGGUGGAGGACGACCCGGCCGCUGACGCCGUCGGGCCCGCGCCCGACGCCACCUACCGCACGCGCGCCCACGAGCGCCUCGCCGACAGGGAGGCCGCGCACCUGGGCGCAUACGAUGCGCUGCUGACGACGCUGGCCGGGGUCCCGACCAUGUACCACUCGCAACACAUCCUGAGCUACGUGCGCGACAAGGACUACGGGCCGUCGCUCCUGCACGGGGGGUGCCUCUACAUGCCGAGCAACGAGGCCUGGAAGCAGUUCUACGUCCACGUCGGGCACCCGUACCCUCCGCUCUUCGCGGAGAUGGUCGCGCGCUCCUUCUUCGCCAAGUGCGACGCCCAGGCCUCCGGAGCGCAGAGGGCCGCCCCCGGGGACGGCGAGUGCACGGACGGCCGCGUCAGGGGCGCCCACAGGUGCGUGGAGGUCCGCCGCGUGGGGGAGGUCCAGCACCAUGGCUCCUCCAUCCAGCUCUUCGAGACCGACGGCCACCUCCCCGCUGCUCCUCCUCCGCAACAGCGCUCCGAUUUCUUCCCGGCUUCCCGCGCCGCGGAGCGGAACGACACGCCAUCAUCUCGCAGGGACAAGUGCAGCAAAUCCUGGAAGCUCCCGCCAGUGCCAGAGGGGAGGAAGCUUGUCGUGCCCACGCAAUUCAUCGUCUGCUCUUCCAAGCCUUUCCACCCCGGCAUCAACAGGGACAUGCUGCUGGACCAGGCCAGGUGGAUGAACAUUGCUUACUCUGGGAGGUCCACCUACUCGCCGAUGGAUUUCGACCACGAGGACAUACCAGAGGCGGACAUGCAGAUGGAAUUUGACCUUUUCAAGACAAAUUGCACCCCCAGCGCAUUUGACGACUGCGCCCGCAUUACAUUUGCUCACGACAAGGAGUGCGCUGAGCAAGCCUUCGUUGAGUCGAAGUUCAUUGCGAGGCACAACCACGACCCCUUCGGGCUCUUCACUGUCAUCUUCGUUGGCGACGACAAGUCGGGUAUCCUGGGGAUGGCGGAGUUCCCCCAGCUCACUGGUGAGGGACAGCGCGAGCUGGUUGUCCGCGUCUCCACGACAGGCCUUCGCCACUUCUCGAGCACCAACAAGGCCCUGAAGCUAGACACGGGCUACGACGAGGGCGACACUGUCGUCCAUGAGGCCGGGCACUCCUUGGGGCUCUACCACACCUUCCAGGGUGGGUGCGCGCUGGACGGAGACAAUGUGGCCGACACGCAUCCAGAGGCGUUCCCGAAUUACAAGUGUAAUCAGCCCAAGAGCUGCGGCAAGGACGACCCCGUGCACAACUUCAUGGACUACCCCGAGGACGCGUGCAUGGACGGCUUCACCGAGCUCCAAAAGCGGCGGGUCUGGUGCGUGUUCGAGAACUACCGCCCCGAGCUGUUCAAGAAGUCCCUGGUAAUCUCCACCACAGCCUGAGUCGAGAACUCCUCCUCCUGCUCGGGCGGUCGCCUCAGUGCCCCUGCGAGCGCGUCGCGCGAGUCCGCUCGGAGCCUCACUCUCGCGCGUGACCCUUGCUCGCACGCAGGCUCCAGAGGACUGGGCGAUCCAUCAAUAAUCUUGCCUACGGCACGGUGGCGGAUUUGACCUGUCUCGAAGCAACGCUUUGGUAGUUGCGUGUUCACUGGACUUUUCGCAUGAUCCUGCGUUCCACCAGGAUAGUACGAGCCAUGAGCUCUCCACUCAAUCGAGUGAAUCACGGUUGCGCAGCGACUUCGUCGAAAGGCGAGAGCGUCC